AUGAGAGGACGAGGAGCCCCAAGAGGUCCUCGAGGCAGAGGACGCGGUGGGUAUGGUCUGGGUAUCCAGCCUGCCCACCGACGUCCUCUCGCCAGACCUGGGACGGUGGUGAACCCCCCCUGGAAACAGUGGGAGUCGCUGGCGAUCAUCCUGGUCAACGUUCCCCUCAAAGUGACCACAUUCGAUCUCUGGCAGAACUUCAAGAAGGAGGGCUAUAUCACUUCCAUCGAUCUCUUCGAAGACACUCAUGGCAGACGCGAAAGCAAAGGAAAAUUGCGAUUCAGCCCCCCUCCGCGUGAAGAUUUCUGGAGAAACGGAGCAUACAUCAUCGGAUUCCCCGACAAGACCACUGCAGUAAUUACGGUUUACUUGGACCUCAAUCACCAGCACAGCCAGAUCCCGAGCCCUAUCCGCCCCAAUGUCUUCUAUCCGGCCAAAAUCAAACUUCCCUUAGAGUCCCUCAGCAUUGGUGUCAAGAUCGGCGAGCACACGAUGCUUCCCAUGCGCAGCAUCGGUCCUGGCCCAGACGGCAAGCCAACACUCAUCAUCGACCUCAAGCGUCGAGAAGUAAUCAUCGGCUUUCAGCUACAUAUCGUCCGCCGCGCUAACCCCAGAAGUGCUCUCGUCGAGGAGCUCUAUCAAGACUACCGACUUUCGAUCUCGCUUGCACAGCUGAGUCGCAUGUUCCAGCAUCAAGACGAGCAGUCAAAGCGCGUGUCUCACUAUAUCAUACUUGAAAAUCCUCCUAUUUAUCGCCGAAGGAUCUGGAAUAUCCAAAACACAUUCCAUGAAGGUGAUAAUAGCUGGAGAGAGUCGGACGUCUGGUUUCGACAGACCGACAUCGUCGCAGUUCCCAGAGAACUUAGUACUCUUCCCAUUAGCCUCCGCAAGUCAAAGCCCCUCAUCGACAUCGGUCGCUGGAACGCCUUCAAGAUCGUUUAUCCAGCAGAUGUAGACGACAAGGGAGCCUUGGCCUUGGUUUGCAGCGUUCUUAAUGACUUUAACAUCGCCGUCGACGGUGCUGGGCAGAUCACGGAGUGGCCUGUCGAUGCAGAACGGCCGCUACCUGUCUGGAAGUGGAUUGACUAUGCAGAUAGUCGCCAGAAUCCCGGUCCCUCAUCCUUCAUAGAAGAUCUUACUAAUGAGAUCUAUGUCCAUCUUCCUUUUCCGGUCCGGUAUCAGCUUGAGGUUUGUCUUUCGAAUGGCUACCUCUGUGAAUAUUCGAUGACCAGAGAAUUUGCUACGAAGCUGAACGAUCUGGGCGAGACUGAAGCUAAACGUCUCCUGGAGCACAUUGCGGCCAAGAAGCAUGUCUUUCAUGAUCCAAUGGAAAUUUUCAAACUUCAGUUCAUUAAGGGCGUGACCGAUGCCAAGAUCCCUCCCUAUUGUUGCUACAUGCGCUCGGUCAGGAUCACGCCGAGUACUGUCUACUACAAUACUCCAACGGUCGACAUCUCGAACCGCGUGAUCCGCCGGUACAUUGAACAUGCGGAUCGCUUUCUUCGCGUCAGAUUCACGGACGAGAGACACCAGGGCCGGAUCAAUUCAACCAUGGAUAAUACCAUGGACGAGGUCUUCACAAGAGUCAAGAGGACCCUGGCAAACGGUAUCGUAAUCGGUGACAGACACUAUGAGUUCCUCGCCUUUGGCAAUUCGCAGUUCCGCGAGCAUGGUGCUUACUUCUUCGCACCACUCCCCGACAUCAACGCAGCCACCAUCCGGGCGUGGAUGGGACAUUUCAGCGACAUCCGCAACAUCGCCAAACACGCUGCGAGACUGGGUCAGUGCUUCUCAACGACCCGUGCCAUCAAUGGCUGCAUGGUCCAGAUGCGUCAAAUUGAAGACAUCGAACGAAACGGCUACACGUUUUCCGACGGCAUCGGCCGCAUAUCCAAGUUCCUCGCCCAGAUGAUUACUACAGAGCUCAAGAUUAAGACCCCGUCUGGAGAUCAUCCUUCCGCUUUUCAGUUUCGACUCGGUGGCUGCAAGGGCAUGCUUGCCGUCUGGCCCCAAGCCCAGCGACUAGAAGUGCAAAUCCGCCCAAGCCAGAACAAAUUUGCCGCAAUCCACACCGGCCUCGAAGUGAUCCGCUGGUCCCAGUUCUCCAUGGCGACCCUCAAUAGGCAGAUCAUCGUGGUCCUGUCUUCUUUGGGGAUUGCCGAUGCGAUUUUCACUAAAAAGCUCAAUGACAUGCUUGCCAGCCUAGACCAAGCAAUGUCUAGUGAUUCCCAGGCAAUCUACUGGCUUGGGAAGUAUGUCGACCCCAACCAGAUGACUCUGGUCAUUAGCCAAAUGGUCAGAGAUGGUUUCUACAAGAGCAAGGAGCCAUUCUUGGCUUCCCUGCUGACACUCUGGCGGGCCUGGCAUCUAAAAUAUCUCAAAGAAAAGGCCAAGAUCGCCAUCGACCAGGGGGCGUGCCUCCUAGGCUGCAUGGAUGAGUCCGGCACCCUCAAGGGCCAUUUCUCUGACGCGAUUCCCAAUGAAAAUGCAACCCGUGAGGAGAAGCUGGCGGCAUUGCCCGAGAUCUUCGUGCAGAUUUCCAAUCCGGAAAAGAAUGGCAAAUUCGAGAUCAUCGAAGGUCCCUGCAUUCUGGCUCGUAAUCCGUCGCUGCAUCCUGGGGAUAUUCGUGUAGUCCGGGCGGUUAAUAAUCCCGAGCUCAAACAUUUACAUGAUGUGAUCGUCCUGCCACAGACAGGCGACCGUGACAUUGCCAGUAUGUGCUCUGGCGGAGAUCUGGAUGGUGACGACUACCUCGUGAUCUGGGAUCAAGAUCUACUGCCGAAGCAUUGGUUCCGUCCUCCCAUGAGGUAUGUGUCCAACAAGGCGAGGGAUCUGGAUCGUGAUGUGACUGUCAACGAGAUCACUUCGUUCUUCGUCCAGUACAUGAAAAACGACUGCCUGCCUCGGAUCGCGCUUGCACACCUGGCCUGGGCCGAUUAUCUAGAAGACGGAGUCAACGAAGACAAGUGCAUCCGGCUUGCCCAGCUCCAUUCCGACGCGGUCGAUUACAACAAAACCGGAAAUCCCGCCGUGAUGACCCGUAACCUGCAGCCCCGGAUGUGGCCUCACUUUAUGGAGAGGAAACACAAGCCCAAGGACCAGAUUUACCGGUCCGGCAGGGUCUUGGGUCAGCUUUAUAAUGCCGUUGAGCGAGUCAAUUUUGUUCCCAACCUCGAGAUGCCUUUUGAUGCACGGAUUCUCAACUGCGGCAUUCAUGUUAGCGAAGAUCUGAUGCAGUUUGCGAGGGAACUCAAGUCCGACUAUGAUGCUGCCAUGCGGAGAAUCAUGGCGCAGAAUGAGAUCAAGACAGAAUUUGAAAUCUGGUCGACCUUUGUACUCGCCCACGCCAACAUGAGCAAGGACUACAAGUUCCACGAAGAGAUUGGCGGCAUCUCUCAGUCUCUCCGCGACCGAUUCCGCAAGGAUUGCUACGACAAAGUUGGCGGGCGGGAGUUUGAGAAGCUUGCUCCGUUGGCUGUUGCCAUGUACCGUGUUACUCAACAGGAGGUGGCAGCGGCGCUGAAGAAGCACGAGGAUGAGAACCCCGCCAGUGAUCUCCAAUUCCACAGAGCGGUUCCCAAAAUUGAGGAGCUGCCUUUAAUCAGCUUCCCUUGGCUUCUGCCACAUCUCCUCGGCAAGAUUGCCAUGAGACACUACGAGGAGGCCGAGCCCACGUUUGAUACAAGCGAACUGGAGAGAAUCUAUUUGUCCAAGGAAGUUCCUGUCCUUAAAAAAGACAGCGACGAGAAUGAUCAGACCGAUGUCAAAGAGCAAAAAGCUUCGAAGCUCGAUACAGUACAGCAUCCGGAUGAUCCUUUCGGUUUGUUCGAUGGUGAUGCAAGCGUCCCCGUUUCGGCCGAGCCUAGUACCACUGCCCAAAGCCCGGCGAGCGAGCAAAACGUGAAUGAAAAUCUACUUCAUGAAUUUGGCUUCGUCUCUCGGGAAGAAAAGACAUCUUUCCCAUCAUCUGGGCCAAUUUGCAGCCUGAUUGACCUCUGCAGUAACGGCAGCGAGCCCGUGGGAUCGGACGAGACUCUCCCCACCGUUACAGAGCAGCAGAAGGCAAGCAUCACCACCGAGCUUGACGAAAAGCAGGAGCUUAUUCUUUCUCCUCCGGUUGGAACCUCAAGCAUAGUUUUCACAACCAUCGCAGACAAUCCGGAUAAAGACAAGGGUGAUAUCGAGAUUGUCGAACAGGAGGGUGACCUUAAGCCUACCGCUCUGGACAGACUCACUGCAUUGCUUGGUAUCUAA